UUAAACGAAUAUUUGGUAGUUUGUGGCAUGUUAUUACAGUAUACAGUGGUAAGCAAGAAGAAGAAAAAUAUGAACUAAUAGAAAAAAGUAGACCCGCCAUGUUGGAUUCGACAGCUGACACUGAAUCAGCUGAUCAUCACUCUGAUCUACACAGUUCACAUCUACUCUCAAAGAAGUCUGAUCAUCUUCACUUGUACAUGUCCAGCUGUGUUAUUCUUUGCUGGUUCUCAUGUGCACCAAACAUACACUUUAUCUUCAGAAUUUGCAGGGAAAAGAGUUUGAUCCUUGCAAAUCUUCUGACCCUGGCGUUUGUUCUGGCUAACUUCACUUCUGUAAUAGCUACAUCUUUGGAUGCUCUGCGUCUGGAACAAGUGAGGAUUCCUCCGGUGAUCAGAUUGGGACUGUUUGGAGCUUGUUUAUUCUUCAUACAGUUAGAGAUACUUAAACAGUACCUUCUGUUCUUCUGCAGAAACAAGGAUUGGAUUUUUUCUGUGAAGUUCAGUCUAGGUUGGAUAGUUGCAGCUUUGGUUGCCGGAUUCUUACUGGGACACUUUCUGAUCAUGCUUGAUCCAAACCUGAACCAAGAAGCUCCUGAGCACAACCCUCAUGCUUUCUGGAGAAAUGAGACAAUGCUGUACUAUGUGAUAUUGCCAAGUAUCGCCACCCUGUUCAUAUGUAUUCUAAUGCUGGCAAUAAUGCUCUUUAGAACAUUAUGGAAACCAAGAGGCAUAAAGGAUGGAGCCAAAGGUCCAGGUCGAAACCUAGAACAUGGACUACCUCCUCCAGACACAGUUGAACCUUACACAAUAGCAGUAGAUGACCAACAACCUACAGCUGGAGAUCUCAAUAUGCAGACCAGGAUGCCUGGCCACGAAAACUUGGAAGAUGACAAGUGUAAAAAACAAGAGGUUCUGAAGACGACAAUAUUUCUGUCCCUCCACAUUGUAUUCUUCAUCAUAUGCCUAUUCAUUUGCUAAAAAGCAAUAUACAGAGCCCGUUAUUUUCCACUUAAUAUAUGAACAGACCCCCUCCUGAAGACCUUUUUGCGGGGGAAUAUAGUUUGGCCUCUAGAUGUCUCAAUCUAAAAUCUUAUCUGAUACAUAGAUAAUUCAAACGCACACAAUUGGUGACAUCAUCUGAUCGACUAUUGUUUAAGUUAGGGAAAGAGCAGACUCAGAUGUUCCCUGCACACACUACAAUGAUCGACCAGAUAAUGUCUAGUCUCCGAUUGUGUUCGUACCAAUUGUCUAUAUCUAUCAGAUAAGAAUUUAGUGUGAGACAUCUAGCAGCAAUACUAUUAUUCCCCAAAGUAUUCUUUAGGACAGGCUCUAGUCAUAUGUUAUGUGGAAAAGAACUGGCUCAGCAAAGAAUCUUACGUGAGAUAUCUGGAGGCCAAACAAUCGCCCUGUAUUAGUAUGUUGACAGCCCUUUUUCAUACAAUACAAGGAACGUACUCAGUUGUUUCUUUAAUUUCAUAAUUUAAUGAAUUUGAGGUAGGCCUCUGAACUACCUGAAUCCAUUCCAAAUCUUGAAUCACCGAGCAAUUUUAUUUAGGCCUUAUAAAUUAUGGGCAAGGCCCAAUUAUUGAACUAUUUAGCUUUCUGGUCAGAAACAAAAAUUGACUAGCUUCAAGCCAAUAAAGCGGCCAGCCGGGUCAAUAAAGUAGUCAUCUAGGUCAAUAAGGUAACCAGAGGGUAAAGCCUUACCUAUAAAAUAAAUACAGUAUAUCCCAUAUUAAACAGGGAAAGGAUUUGCCCAAUGUUGUCUUGAAAACUAUUCAGUGAUUAAUGCCACUGAGGGGUUACUACACAAAAGAGUUUCUGAAGCGUCCUGUAUUUUUUCAAGCUGUUAAAAAGAACUAUGUGAAAAGUAAAAUUUACUGAAGGCAAAGCAAAGUUUUUCAUCUGUAAGUCAAAGUGUUUUAAGGGAUUGUAAAGGAAAAAUGAAAGGGUAAAGGCUGACAGCUGAGAUUCCUAUAACUAAGUUGAAAGAUAUAUAUAAGAGAUCUAUCUGAUGUUCCUGUUUGAGAAAUUGAUAUUUAAUACUCUGUCAAAAUUAUACCAAAACAUAUACAUAUAUAUCAGGUUUUGUAUAAGAUUUUUAGUAUGACACCAGUAAACGGACCAUUUUUAACAAUUAUACAACCAAUCUGAAAAAUCCCAGAUUUGCUCCUGUUAUAAUUUUAUAAUUCAAAUUUUUCAUUUUUAAUAGAUAUAACUGAUAAUAUUAUUACGAUAGUCUGUAUAGUCUGUAAUAUAUGAGCAGAACUCCAUCCAAUGUCACAUAUCUCCGUCUGUAUCACUUGACCAGCAUACUGCAUUUAGAAAAAAACCACAGGGGGUUGGGAAAAAUAAUCCCCCCCCCAUCCAGUUGUGAUAGAGUUAAAAUUCCAAGAGGAAUUUAAAUUGAAAUGUGGUGUAGAGGACAAAAAUAGCAUAUUUUACACUUUAGAGUGCAUUUUUCAACAAUCAAAAAGUUCUUCAUUUUGGCAAUAUUUUUAUUCUUUCAGCUUAAAUUGACUGCAUAUUAAAAGAUGAAGAAUAUAUGCUACCAAAAUAAUUUUUACUGAUAUAAAUACAAAUCAAGGACAUAUAUUUUCAUUUUAGUCCACUACUUGUUUUUACUAAAUAGUCUGAUAGUACUAGCCCAGGAGACCUCACUUAAAGAGUUUGAGCAGCUGGGUUGCUAAACUACCGGUUGUCGGUUAAAAUUGAACUCAGAGUUAAAAGAUUUGAAUAUUUCGGUCAAAUUUAACCCAGCUGAAGGUAGUUUAGACAGUAAGGGUGAUUGAGUUUAGACUCCAGCUCUACCUUAGAUCUCCUGUAUACAUAAAAAUAAGAGUUCUUGCCAAAUUUAAGGCUCCUAGGUCUGGUCUGGAAACCGUGACCGCAUUUAAUAUUUAGUAUUUUUUGAAAAGAUGUAACUGAAAAUCCAUAUUUUGACCAAAAUACCGUCUUCUGGUUGGAAUUUUUUCCAAACAACAUACUCCGCCCUCACUGUUAUGAAUUAUGAUACUUGUGGUCAUUUUGACACCCUGUACCUCUAUAUUUUGACACCCUGUACCUCUAUAUUUUGACACCCUGUACCUCUAUAUUUAAAGAUGAUAAAGUUAGAAAAAAUCAUUUAUUUGUUGAAGAAGAAUAUCCAAAAUUCAAUUAGCAUAACAGUUAACACUUUUAAAAUGCUUUAAAUAAUACUUGAUUAAAAGUGAAACAAUAUUUAGCAUGCAUUAAGUUUUUAUUUACAGUCAGGGGCAUAUUAAGAAAUUAGUCCAUGUGGGAGCUUAAAUAUUUUUUUCGUUCUGGCCAGGGAGGGUCCAGUACACGUUAGGGCCUAAAAAUCCCCCUGCAGACCAUAGAUUUUAGUUUUACUGUCCCAAGGGGAGGGGGGGGGUGACCCCCAAUAGCACCCCUUAUAGAAUACACCUCUGCUUACAGCUAAUUCUAUAAAGGGUAUUAAAUAAUUGCUUUUUACCUAUACAAAUUCAAUUUUGAUUAGUUUGACCAAAAAUGUUUUAGGGGAAACCUUUGGAUUGAGGUGGUAA